UUGUGGGGUCCCCAACAGCUGUCAUAUGGACUUUUCGGCCCAUUUAUCGUUAAUCAAAAACAGGAGGCCGUAUAUAUAAUUUCAUUUGUAGCCGUUAGAUUUUUCCCUUGCGAUAAAAUACUAUUUUCUCAGCCGUCCACUUUUUUUAACUCUGUGCACAGGGCAGUGAAAAAAAUCAAACGUCACCGCCAUUCACAGUCGUAAACGUCUAAACCGACUCCGAAAAGUCAAUGAAGCAUUAGAAGAUCGUUUCCACGACACCUUCCUUGCGACUUUCUUCAUCUCCAGCAGCUUAAAACUUGUCUAGCGAAAAUGAGCCGACCACAUGAUCCACCACGAGGCUUCUUCCCAUUUGGGAACCCCUUUCGGUUGCUAUCACCAAAGAGCUCAGCUUUAUCCUUUUGAAAAAGAAGAGAGAAUCUUUGUAUUCUUUUUCUUUUUCUUUCCUUCCACUCAUUACUCAUUAGAUUGUUCUGUCUAUAUAAACAUGAUAAAUCUAGUCUUCUAAUUAUCUAUACCACACAUUUAACAAGAUCUUCAAGAUAAUUCCUCCAAUGGCUUCUUGUGACACACCUGAUGCAUUUGCUUGGCUUCAAAACCUUCCUCCCUUUUCUCAAUGGAAAAGAAAAUCAAUGUCCAUGUGUAUUUGCUCUCCAAAUUCAUCACAUCCAUCUUUGAAUUUCUCUCUAACUCGUAGCUCUCAGUCUCCAAACACAUUCACCUUCUCCAUAGUAGCCAACUUCAAGAUUCCUAUAUCUCUCUUCAUCUCAAAACCUUUAAGAAUCAUUGGCUCUAAUCAAACUAAUCUCCUAAGUGAAAAUAUCAUCUCUACUCUAUUAAUGAGUUUUGUCGACAUAGUUCUCAACUAUAACGUCAAGAGAACUACAUGUUCAAUCCAAUUACAAAACCUAGGCUCCACUUCAAACCUCAAAGACGUUUUCAACCUCGCAUUCUUCACUUUCGUGUUUCUCAUCUGCAUCUACGAGGCACCCUCAAGCCUACGAACAACUUGUCUCAAAACGGUGAAAGAUCAGCUGGUUACUUGUAGGUCAAGGCAGGGCUCUAAGUUGCUCAUGGUGCAACUAGGCUCUAAUCUUGAAGAACAAUGGAUGAGAUCGCUCAACCUCGCCAUGACCAAUUGGAUCAUCGAAAUCAGAGCGUAUCAGCAUCUCAAGUCACCUUCUCCUUUGUUUUCGUAUGCUUUCUCAACUCAGGGUUUGUGGAAAGUUCAUAUGUAUUGUCCUGUGAUAGCAAUGGAAAUGGAGAGCGUAAAUAGUGCUUUAACCGACGAGAGAUUAUUCUUCUCGCUCAACUAUCAUCAACUUGAAGGUGUAAUCCAAUUCAACCACAGGAUUUACGUUCGUGAGAUGUGGUUUAACAUUGCUGUGAAUAUUGACAACGUCAGGUGUGACAUAAUUCGGCUUGUGAACGAGACACUUCUAUCAGAACGUGGGAUGGGAUUAGAGGAAAAACAUUUUCCAUCAAAAAUAUCAUUGCAACUAACACCAACGGUUCAAUCAAACAUCCUAAUGGCAUCCGUAGAAAAAUCCUCAGAAAACCCAUUGAGACAAUUUGAAGUAGAGAAAGGCAUAGAAGCAACAAUAGAUCCACCAAACACUUUCUUCGGACUCAAAGUCUCAGCUAACGAGACCAAAACAAAAAGCAUGAAACCAUGGAAAUUCGAACAGUGGGUUCAUGGUUGUACCGCCUACCUCACUUGGUUUUUACAUGACUUUGAUGAUGGAAGAGAAGUUUCAUCCUCUAAACCAUCAAAGGUUUCGAUGAUGAACCCUCGUGCUUGGUUCAAGAACCGGUACACAAAUGCGUUUAGGCCGUUUACAAAGCAAGGAGGAGUCGUGUUUGCAGGAGAUAGUUAUGGACAAAGCGUUUUGUGGAAGGUUGAUAAAAGAGCUAUUGGGAAAGUGAUGGAGUUUGAGGUUAAAGGUUGCGUUUGUUUGACUUAUUGGCCUAACAAGCAUCAUACUUUCUAUAGUGAUACAAGAAGAUUGGAAUUUAAAGAGAUGCUUUACCUCAAUCUUCCUUAGAUUACUUUUUCUUUUAAAUCAAAAUAAACGUUAAUGUAACUUAGAUUUACUACUACUAUAUGUUGUGUUUUAAUUUGGUUGUCUAGAGUGGUGAACGCAGGAAAAAUCUUGGCUAUAUAUAAUGAAGUUUGAAGUUUAUGAUA